CACACUCACACACACGCACACUGGGGAUUUCCACCCAAGCGCUUGUUUCCUUCACUUGUUUUGCUUUCGAUCUGAAGAGCGAAAUCAAACCCAUUUGACUUUUCGUUUUGUUAUCGAGAACUACAAAUUGUCAAGACUCUUCACAGACUAUUUGCUUUUAUUCCUGGAGUGUUUUCCACCCGUCGCAGGACAGCAUGCCGGUAGAGAGAAUGCGUAUGAGGCCGUGGUUAGAAGAGCAGAUAAACUCGUGUAAAAUACCGGGGCUCAAAUGGGUCAACAAGGAGAAGAGAAUAUUCCAGAUUCCAUGGAUGCAUGCCGCGCGACACGGCUGGGAUGUGGAGAAAGAUGCUCCUCUCUUCCGAAACUGGGCCAUACAUACAGGUAAAUAUCAACCAGGUGACAAACCGGACCCCAAAACAUGGAAGGCAAACUUCCGCUGUGCCAUGAACUCCCUGCCCGACAUAGAAGAGGUGAAGGACAAAAGCAUCAAAAAGGGAACAAACGCCUUCAGAGUUUACAAGAUGCUGUCAGCGUCCGAGAGGCACUCAAAGAGAGGAAAGAAGCGAGCAGCUGAAAAAGAAGAAAAGAUGAAGUGUCCCGAGGCCUCCAGCUGGGAGAACAGCAACGGCUCGUCCCCGGUGACCAUCAAGCAGGAGGAGGAUUACUACGGCACAGAGGCUGACGGGCGGGACGACCACCUGAUCAUCAACGAUCUCCCUGACGUGUGUCAGACCAUCGAGGUGGUGACGGAGAACGAGGACCAGGCCGUGACCUCCAGCGACCUCCGCGACCUCUACCCCCUGCAGAUCUCCCCCGUCUCCUCGUAUGGAGCAGAGAGCGACACAGACAGCGCCAGCGAGGAAGACUCCAAAGAGCGCAUCCAGGCCUCACUAUUCGGACUCGAAGACAAGAAGCGGAUGCCCCUUCCCGGCAUGUCCUCCUUCAUUUCUCCCGACAAGCCCAACUUCAAGAUAACCACAGUCCGAGACUCCGCCCCCUUCUCCGAAGGGACAUCCUGGGACAUCCUUAACAACCCUUUCCCCUCAUCCCCCCUCCCGCCGGGACCCUCGGGCGCGCCGGCGGCCCACGAGAGUCGCGCCAGCGUCAUCAUGAAAACCCCCGACGUGUCCAAGUCCUCCGUCAAGAGUUGCUGAUGACCAAACCCGAGGUGGACACGUGGAGAACACUAUCAGCCAUUUUAAUAAAGGACCUAUGAGCUCACGGGACACACAUGGACCAUCCCACGGGAGCUGAACCACAUCCUCCCAAACAGGAAGUGACACGUGAGCUUAAAUUCAGGGAGAUUUUGAGUCCGUAAGCCAUUCUGAGUGUGUAAAUAGGAGGGAUCGUUGCCUAAUUGCCUUUAGCCGCCCGAGCACCUUAUGGAGAGGAAUCAGUGACUUUAGUAGCUCGCAAGCAAGACGUUUUACGAGAUAUGCACAUAAACAGCAUAAUAUUAACUUAUCUUAAGACCUUCAGUGCGAGCGAAUAUAUUUUUAUACCUUUAUGCAAUGGCGUUUUACAUUUAUAGGCCCUGUGAUGUAAGAAAUCCUGUGUGAAUUUGUGGUUUUUAUGACGAAACAAAGCACUUGUUUUUAUGAUUUUUUUUUUUUUUUUU